AGAGGAAAGAGAGAGGAAUAGGGUAGAUGACAAUAUCAAAAGUAUUAAAAUGAGCAUCCCUUCUUUCCAAGGGAAAAAUGAUCCGGAUGUGUAUCUUGAAUGGGAAAGGAAGGUAGAAGCUGUGUUUGAUUGUCAUCACUAUUCAGAGGAAAAGAAAGUAAAGUUAGCAGCAGUAGAAUUUACUGAUUAUGCUUUGGUAUGGUGGGAUCAAGUGUUGAUUAGUAGAAGGAGAAAUUAUGAGCAAUCAAUUGCAACCUGGGGUGAGAUGAAAACUAUAAUGAGGAAGAGAUUUGUUCCUAGUCAUUACUAUAGAGAGCUACAUCAGAGGUUACAAAGAUUGACUCAAGGUUCUAAAAGUGUUGAAGAUUAUCAUAAAGAAAUGGAAAUUGCUAUGAUUAGAGCAAAUGUGGAGGAGGAUAGAGAAGCCACCAUGGCUAGAUUCUUGAAUGGGCUAAACAAGGAGAUUGCUCAUAUUGUUGAGUUACAUCACUAUGUUGAGUUGGAGGAUAUGGUCCACAUGGCUAUGAAGGUAGAAAGGCAACUUAAAAGCAAGUCAAAAUUUGGAGGAAAUGCAGGUACUUCUUCAUCUUGGAAGUCUAACUGGAAGAAGGAGGAUAGGGAAAAUGCUGUUAGCAAAUAUAAGAGAAAUGGCAAAAUUAUAUGCUAA